CACGAAGAUUCCAAUGGGGCCGCACCCUCAGCCACAAUUGGUAUCAGGGCUCCUUCUUCAAACCUUCCUUCUUCACCUUCACACCCCACCCACCAAUCAUGGAGGCUCUGAUCCGGAGCCUCGACCUGAAACCACCCCAUAUUUCUCCAUUUUCACUCGAUCCCUCCAGACCCAUUUCGUCUCAGAUCGGUUUCUGCCGGUUCUCGAGCUCCGGCCGUCGUGGAAGCCGGAAAUGGAGAGUGGUUUCCGCCGCGAGCGAGUUUGGAAGUGAAUCUGCUCGGCAGAGACUUGUUGGGUCUGUUGGGAAAUCGGUUGUCGGCUUUGCUGCUGCUGCCACUGCUUUGAGCUCUGUUUGCUUUGAUUCCCCUGCUUUUGCUGAAUCUCUUACUGUUGCUUUUCCAGUUUCGCGCACUCCUGAGGUGAAUACAGUUCAAAGAACUCUGAUUGAGGCGUGGGGAUUGAUUAGAGAAACCUUUGUAGACCCAACUUUUAAUCAUCAAGAUUGGGACCUAAAAUUACAGCAAACCAUGGUGGAAAUGUUUCCUUUGAAAUCAGGGGAUGCAGCAUAUAAGAAAGUCAGUGCAAUGCUGUCAACACUUGGAGAUCCAUUUACUCGUAUAAUAAACCCAAAGGAGUAUCAAAGUUUUCGAAUAGGCAGCGAUGGCAACUUGCAGGGAGUAGGUCUGUUCAUAAACAUCGAACCGACAACCGGCCAUUUGAUUGUUUUAUCCAUGAUAGAUGGUAGCCCUGCUGCACGAGCUGGCAUACAUGAAGGAGAUGAGCUGGUUGAAAUUAAUGGAGAAAGACUUGAUGGAGUUGAUAGUGAAACAGCAGCCCAAAAACUCCGAGGUCGUGUUGGAACAAUUGUGACCGUGAAAGUUCAUGAUGUUAAAGAUAUGAGCAACUCAAGCAUAAGAGAGGUCAAAAUACCAAGGGAAUACAUUAAACUCUCUCCGGUAUCCAGUGCAAUUAUUCCUCAUAGAACACAAGAUGGCCAAUUGUCCAAGACUGGCUAUGUUAAGUUGUUAGCAUUCUCCCAGACUGCAGCUUCUGACAUGGAAAGCACAAUUCAUCAAAUGGAAAGCCAGGGUGUGCAGUCUUACAUUCUUGACUUACGGAACAACCCAGGAGGGCUUGUAAAAGCAGGACUUGAAGUUGCCCAAAUAUGGCUAGAUGGGGAUGAAACUCUAGUGAAUACAAUCGAUCGAGACGGGAAUAUGUUGCCUAUUAAUAUGAUUGAUGGCCACGCUAUAACGCACGAUCCGCUCGUUGUGCUUGUCAAUGAGGGUAGUGCUAGUGCGAGCGAGAUUUUAGCGGGAGCACUCCACGACAACGGUCGAGCUACUCUCGUCGGGCACAAGACGUUCGGGAAAGGAAAAAUUCAGAGUGUGACAGAGCUUCAUGAUGGCUCAGCUUUAUUCAUCACGGUUGCAAAGUACUUAUCCCCGGCACGUCACGAGAUCGAUCAAGUUGGCAUCGUACCAGAUAUCCAAUGUACAGCAGAUGUGCUCAACUCACCAAGAGAAGUUAUAGGUAAAGACAGGAGCUCACGCACACCCCUUGAAGCUGAUUCUUGUAUCAUGAUAGCUGAGCAUGAAUUGGAUAUCCAACAAUCUAAAGGGACUGCCUCCUGAAAUGAUAGGAAUCGUUUCACUUUUAUAACUAGAAUUUGAAUGUAAAUAUGGAUGGAAACUAGAAAGGCAUAUAUGUAUAUAGAUGAACGAUAGAAACUCGACCGUUUGAUCGAGGUUCGUUGGGAUUUACUCGGAUUAUAAAUAUUAGGUCAAUACGCUUGUCGAUUCGUGGGUGUAGUCGACAUGUCCUUCCUCAUUAUUCAAACAUUGUGAGAUGAAUAAUGUGUUUUUCAUGACUC